GCGAUGUCCUCACUCCCGUGGCGCCCUUUCGUUCACAGUAGAUUUGGAGGGAGGAUGACGACAUUCUCUUCUAACGCAGGGUCGUCCACCAUUCCUCGUCUCUGUCCCUUUAUCCAUCUCCUCUCCGCGGCCCGCCCUCGCGCCCCGCUUUUAUAUCUGGAACCAAGAAAGAGGGUAACCGAGAGAACUUAAGAAAUUCUGGCGAUUUCGAUAGAUAGAUAGAUAGAAAUCUCGAGAUGUCUUUCUUUGAGGAUCUUGAGCCCUGGUUCUACCUCACUCGCUUCCGCGACCAACUGAGCGUUUUAUCUGAAACCAUGUCGGCGUCGAUGGCAACGGCGAGCUGCACCGACGACGCGGCGGAUGAGUGCCGCGAUGACGUGGCGGCGCUGCGGCUGAAGAUGGUAGCAAUAGUGACGAUCCUUGUGGCGGGGGUGACGGGGGUGGCGAUCCCCUUGGUGGGGCGCAAGCGGCGGUUCCUGCGCACGGACGGCGGCCUCUUUGUCUUCGCCAAGGCUUUCGCGGCCGGUGUCAUCCUCGCAACGGGGUUCGUCCACAUGCUCCACGACGCCCAGUCGGCGCUGACGGAUCCCUGCCUCCCUAAGUCGCCAUGGCGGCGAUUCCCUUUCUCCGGCUUCGUGGCAAUGAUGGCGGCGCUCGGGACCCUCGUGGUCGACUUCGUCGGGACCCAGUUCUACGAGCGGAAGCACCGGGAAGAGGCCAUUGGGGUCAAGGCAGCCACCUCGGCGGCGGUUACGGCGACGACAUCGGCCGAGGAGGGUAUCACCGUAAUCUCAGUCUUGCCGGAGCCGGAGGCGGCGGCGGACAACGUCAAGAGCCCGAUGCAUAUUGUCGGGAUGCACGCCCACGCGGCGGCGCACCGGCAUAGCCACCCGCACGAGAACGGGGCGUGCGACGGCCCUGCACGGCGGGAGCGUGGCCCUGGCCACGCCCACGAGGACGAGGACGAGGGCGUGGGCGAGGUUUCUUCUCAUGUGCGCCACGUGGUCGUAUCCCAGAUACUGGAACUAGGAAUCGUGUCCCACUCGGUGAUCAUUGGGUUGUCCCUCGGUGUCUCCCGGAGUCCGUGCACCAUAAGGCCACUCAUUGCAGCCUUAUCCUUCCACCAAUUCUUCGAAGGCUUCGCACUGGGAGGAUGCAUCUCCCAGGCGCAGUUCAGGAACUUGUCGGCGGCGCUGAUGGCAUGCUUCUUUGCGAUCACGACGCCGGCCGGCAUUGGCGUCGGCGCGGGUGUUGCGUCGUUCUACAACGCCAAUAGCCCGAGGGCGCUGGUGGUGGAGGGGAUACUGGACUCGAUCUCCGCCGGCAUUCUCGUCUACAUGGCGUUGGUUGAUCUAAUCGCGGCGGAUUUUCUUAGCCGGAGGAUGAGCUGCAAUAUUAGGCUUCAGGUGGCGUCUUACAUGGCCCUUCUUCUUGGCGCUUGCUCCAUGUCCGCCCUUGCAAUCUGGGCUUGACUCGGACUGCUGCUGGCUGAAGCUUAGGCGACCAAUGAUAGAGCUGGGACGGCCAGAUCUUGUACUGGUAUGGUUAUUUGCAUCCUUUUGUUUUGGGUUCGGACGAAGAUCCGGUCGUCUGGAUUUUUUUUUUUUUUUAGGAAAGUCCCGUUCACAAGGUCUCUCCUCAAAGCGGAUACACGCAUGUACUUUAGGGCUUGCGUUCGUUAGCAGUUGCUUUUAGUUUAUACGUCGUUGUUGUGCGAAGAAAAAAAAAUUUAGAAAUUAGAAGCUCAAUUCCUUCAUUUCCAUGGAGUUGUCCUUGUGAGUCACUGUAAUCUGUGCAUCUGGGCGGAAGGGAUGGCAAAAGUGAAUUGUACUAUUUUGUUGGUCCUUUACGCGUGGAUUAGAGUCUCACGCCGUUGUCGUUUUGCCUUUUGGAGUGAUAUGACGCCUCAAUUAGGAGGUCCAUCGU